GGAGGAACACGGGGAGAAGCGCAAAAGCGCUGAAGAGCGAGCCCGGCCAGCAAUAGCUCGGUAGCCGUAACCCGGGGACAGCUUUUCUGGAGAUCCGAGCUCCCUCACGUAAUAGCCGACCGAACCUCCCGCAAUUGACAUCAUUCUGAGGUUUGCACCUGCAUUUGUCAACCCGUCAAUCCAACGUCAAAAGGUACUUUUACGCCCUUCCAGCCUCGCUCCUUGGCUCUUCAGCAUCUCACGAUCUUCACCAAAAAGCCAUUGGCACUAAUCAAAAGACAUAGAAUACGCAAAAUGUCGUCCACUCUCCUCCGUACCGCGCCUGUCCUCCGCACAGCUCUGCGAGCUGGCGCCGCUAAGCCUGCUGCUGCUUUGGCCAGCACCAGCUUCGUCCGCGGCAAGGCCACUCUGCCCGACAUCUCAUACGACUACGGCGCCCUCGAGCCCUACAUCUCGGCCCAGGUCAUGGAGCUUCACCACUCCAAGCACCACCAGACCUAUGUCAACGGCCUCAACACCGCUCUCGAGACCGUCGAGGAUGCCAACGCCAAGGGCGACUACGCCAAGGCUGCUGCCCAAGCUCCCUUGAUCAACUUCCACGGCGGUGGCCACGUCAAUCACUCUCUCUUCUGGGAGAACCUCGCCCCUGCCAGCAGAGAUGGCGGUGGCGAGCCCGACGGCAAGCUGGCUCAAGCCAUCAAGGAGGACUUUGGAUCCUUCGACACACUGCGCAAGCAGAUUAACACCUCCCUGGCCGGCAUUCAGGGCAGCGGCUGGGCCUGGCUGGUCAAGGACAAGACUAGCGGCACCCUCGGCGUCGUCACUCGCGCGAACCAGGACCCCGUUACCGGCAACCUCGAGCCUCUCCUUGGCAUCGACGCUUGGGAGCACGCCUACUACCUGCAGUACCAGAACCGCAAGGCCGAGUACUUUGACGCCAUCUGGAACGUUGUCAACUGGAAGACUGUCGCCAAGCGCUUCGAGAAAUAAGCAAAGAUUGGACACAUGUACGAUAUGCAACUGUUGAUACCUAGCAAGAAUUUACCGUGUUCGAUCAAUGUCAACCUGCUGUUCAGCAGCGUGCCAGGCUGUGACAGCCACUCCAAUUUCAACCA